UCGAAUAUGUGUGGAAAAAAGUAGCAAAUCAAAGGCAUAAAAAUAAGUUAUUUUGCAAUAGACGCAUUACAAAAGUCGUUUUAGUAUAAUUUAAGCAAAGAAAAAUUACUAAAGAACUGAAAAUUUGGAAAAAGCGGUAGUUGGGGGAAAAUUGUGAAAGCAGACGAGUGGGAAUCGAAGUCACAGUGACGCAGAUAAGGGCGAAAAGUGAGAUUGUAAAAGACUCGCUUAGUGCCUAUUAUACGCGUAAAUAUGAGCCGUUGUGUUACGCCAGAAUGGGAUCGGAUACCUACUCUCGUAUUGGGAAACAUAUAUGAAUAUCUCGAGCCAAGGGAUCGAUUAAAUGCAUCGCAGACAUGCCGUCACUGGCGUGGGGUGCUCUUCCAAAAGAGAUUUUUCGACAACUUCAAGUUAAAGUUGCACGUCAACAAUGAGCGGCAGUGUACGUUUUUUCGUCAAACGCUUUGUAAUUUGGCAACUGAAGUAACGCUCAUAUUUGAUUUUCUAAAUGUUUUCCAUAUCGAAAAGAUAAGGCGUAUCCUCUAUAGGAUUGCUCGUUGUGAUAAUUUGCAAGGCCUACAUUUUUACACUAACAAUGUUGGCUUAAUCCCACCUGGCGAUAUAAGUGAAGAGAGCCUUGUCGACAUUGAACAAUGCUUUGUGGAGCCGCUGAAAAUGUUUUUAAAUCGCAAAAAAUAUCCAUGCCAAAUUUUGGAUUUAGGUGCAAUCGAAGCUUUAACCUACUACGGUUUAGAUGUACUAAAAGCUUUAAGCAAACCCGAAGCAUUACAGCAGCUAACAUUGGCUUCGAUUAAGUUCGAUCCUAGUCAUUAUCCCAUAUUUACCUUAGAAACUACUUUGCUGCAAAAGUGCACAUCACUACAGGUUUUAUCACUCGAUUACGAUACCCUGAACGACGAGCUAUUGCGUGCCAUGGAAAUUCUACCCUUGAAAAAGCUCUUAAUUUGUAUACAUGGCUUGGAUCGUCAGCAUCCUGGUAUUUCCGAUGUAGCUUGGACUAGAUUUGGUGCCUCCUUUCCGAAUAUCGAAUUAAUUGUAUCUUUAGUGUAUGCGUUUGAAGCCGUGGAAGUGCUGCAAGUGCGCAUAUUGCGUCACAACAUGCCAAUAACACAUUUGAGAGUAUUAUUUUGUGACUUUAUGAACGUCGAGGCCUUAGAGUGGAUGUCGGUCAAUAAUAGCAAUACACUGAAGAGUAUCCAGUGGAUAGAUUCAGCCUACAAGCAUUCCGAUAAAAAUGUGAUGGAUUUAUUUUUACGCUCCGGACAAGAUCCUUUCGUAAUGAUGUCUUGGCGUUGCAAAAACUUAGAGGAAAUCGUUAUACAUGGCUAUGUGCUAGAUCCACACAAUAUUGUUGGGAUUUCACGCCUUCGUGGCCAUACACUCAAACGCCUAGAAGUAUCUAUGAUCGAUAACACUCCCACAGAAGCAAGCAUGGAUUCAUUUAUUGAAGAAAUCAAUACAUUGCUUGGUCAAAAAUGGGAGCCUCUCAAUCCAAAUACUUUACAUCCUGCACUCGGUUACAUACCAGUGUCAGAUGAUGUACGUGAUGAAUACGUUUUCGAUCUCAUGCGUCGUGAUAUGGGCUACUAAAAUAUUAUAAUUGCACCAACUCAUACCACAACUUUUAUGCAAAUUUAGGUUUACUGUAGUUAUAUUAUCAAAAA